AUGAUGACGUCAUACACGGAGCACUUUAAUGACUCGGUGGUGAAGGCAGUGGAUGAAGGGUUUCCACUGCUCAUGCCGAGGUGGGGGUAUGUGGUGUCAGCAUUCGUGUUGUUCCUGAUCGGAUUCUUCGGGUUCUUCCUGAACCUGAUGGUGAUAUUACUCAUGUUUAAGGAUCGACAGUUAUGGACACCGCUCAACAUAAUACUAUUCAACCUGGUGUUCUCGGAUUUCUCAGUGUCCGUGCUAGGGAAUCCCUUCACACUUAUAUCAGCACUGUUCCAUCGAUGGAUCUUCGGGAAGACCAUGUGUGUUCUCUACGGGUUCUUUAUGGCUUUAUUAGGUAUAACUUCAAUAACAACACUAACAGUGAUAUCGUUCGAGAGGUACAUGAUGGUGACGAGGCCCCUGAACGCGAAUCACCUUAGUUCGAAGGGCGCCAUCUUGUCUAUCGUGUUCAUAUGGACAUACUCUCUGGCGCUGACUACACCACCGCUCAUGGGCUGGGGGCAUUAUGUCAAUGAGGCUGCUAAUAUAAGUUGUUCAGUGAACUGGCACGAGCAGUCUAUGAAUACCCUCACCUACAUCAUGUUCCUGUUCGCUAUGGGGGAGAUAGUCCCUCUGGCUGUCAUCACGUUCAGCUACGUCAACAUCAUCAGGACGCUAAAGAGGAAUUCACAGCGGCUGGGUCGCGUGUCCCGAGCAGAGACAAAAGCCACAGCCAUGGUGUUCAUCAUGAUCGUGUCCUUCACCGUUGCGUGGACACCCUAUUCCGUCUUCGCUUUGUUAGAACAAUUUGCUACUGAAGGGAUAGUGUCACCGGGAGCUGGCGUAAUACCAGCGUUAGUUGCAAAAAGUUCCAUUUGCUACGAUCCUCUUAUAUACGUCGGUAUGAAUACUCAAUUCCGGAACUCAAUAAAGAGGGUUUUCGGAGUCCAUUCUAAAGGCAAGAACUCACAUGCGGAAAAAGCUUACAACAACACACUGACGUCACCAGCCAAUAAACUAUCGAGCGUGAACACUCGACUUAAUUGCUCAGAAACAAAUUUAUCAAGUCACCACAAAAAUUCCAAGGGCAAAAAAAUUAUGUUCAAUGAUGAUAUAUCAGAGAUGACUACCAACGAAUACCACCGAACUUUCACGAGGGAUCCCGAUCUCUGUACUAUACCAGAAAGCAAGAAUUCCGAUGCUGAACGAUCUGGAGACACAAUAUACGAUGAAGAUAGUAGUAAUACGGGUACUAAUGUCAAAAAGCUGGAUCUGUUUGGAGAAUCUUGCAAAGUUAUCAAUGAACGAUCACCAGUCUUAACUUUUAUGGACUCUGAUCGUUUACUGUUCACCAAAGCCCCCGAAGAAGUAAAUACAGAUUCAAAUAAAACCAACGUCUUCGGUAAAGAAACAUACGAAGACCAUACUACAGACAAAAACAUUUACAAACCCGAAAAUGCACUUCAAAGUUCCGAAAAGCAGAAACGAAUAAGACAAAGCUACUCCCUUGACUUCCCUCGUCUUUCAAACGAUAAUAAAAAGAGAAAACUAUCAAUAGAAACGAAAUUCGAAAGUAUUCAACCGAAAGGUUUUUUCAAGGAAACAAUUAACAAACUAUUUGAUCAAGAUUCGAAGCAAGGACAGGAUAGUUUCAAGAGCUAUUUGUGCGAGGCCAAAGAAGAGGUAGGCCAGGAUCUCUUGUAG